GACGCUCAGUUUGGGUUCUGAUUAUAGCUUCCGAUUUGAGGAACGGCUAACGGGCUACUCUGUCUAGAUAUGAGCUACAUCAUCUUGUCGUGAUAGUUUAGCUUUGAAAUACAGCGCAUGCGCCGUUUUACUAACCGGAAGCGUUUUGGUAGUUCGAGGUUAGCCGACUACCUCUGCUGUCUCUUUGGUGUUGAAGUUGUGCUGGAUGUCAGCUGUUACAUUAAUGAAGGAGUUUCAUUAUAAGCAAGAAUAACAGUGCUGCGGAGACAUGGUUGGAUAUGACCCCAGGGCUCAGAGGGCAGCACCUGCCCCCAAGGAUGCAGCCCUGGCUGGUUCAGCUGGUGGGAUGGUCACCAGAGCACUCAUCAGCCCAUUUGAUGUCAUUAAAAUCAGAUUUCAGCUGCAGAUAGAGCGCGUGUCUUCACGAAGACCUGAUGGAAAAUAUCGGGGAAUAUUUCAGGCGUCCCAAAGAAUUUACACAGAGGAGGGCCUCUCUGCUUUCUGGAAAGGUCACAUUCCAGCACAGCUCCUCUCUAUCUGCUACGGAGCCGUCCAGUUUGUCAGUUUUGAGUUUCUGACCGAGCUGGUUCACAAGUCGACACCAUAUGACAGCCAGACACCAGGAGUUCAUUUUCUCUGCGGCGGCUUGGCGGCCUGCUCCGCCACAGUAGCCUGCCAGCCUCUGGACACACUGAGGACACGCUUUGCAGCUCAGGGAGAACCCAAGGUGUACAGUAACUUGCGCUACGCCGUGUCCACGAUGUGGCGCUCCGAGGGACCAUUGGCGUUUUACCGCGGCCUCUCUCCAACCCUGGUGGCGGUGUUUCCUUACGCCGGACUGCAGUUCUCCUUCUACAAUGUCUUUAAACAGCUGUUGGUUCCUCCACCUAAAUCCAGAGAUUCAGGAGGAAACGUGAGAAGCCUGAUCUGCGGCAGCGGAGCCGGAAUGAUCAGUAAAACCCUCACAUACCCCUUUGAUCUGUUCAAAAAGAGGCUGCAGGUGGGGGGCUUUGAGGAAGCGCGAGCUCACUUCGGAGAGGUGCGGACCUACAGAGGCCUGAUAGACUGCGCGGUCCAAAUAGCCAGAGAGGAAGGUGUCCGCGGCUUCUUUAAGGGCCUCUCCCCCAGCCUUCUCAAGGCCGCUCUGUCCACGGGCUUCACUUUCUUCUGGUACGAGUUCUUCCUCAACGUCAUUUCCAACGUCAAGGACAAACGGAGAGCAGAUGGCCUCAGUGGAGGCAAAAAGGAAAGAUGAUGCAUGAGAACACCGAGAAAACGAGGCGGUCACACGUUAAAAAUGCACUAAUGCCGCGUUGCACUGAACACAUUUCUGAACUGGGAUGCUGGUUGGGUUUCUGUGGGUGUCCACUUAUGUUAAAGGGGAAUAGUAACCAUAUAAAAUUCUAUGUUGCAUUUUAUUUGUUGAAAUUUAUUCAGUUAUGUGUAGAGUACCGAGGAAGUCUUUAUUUAUUUAAUAUUUUUUUUAUCUAGCUUAUAUCUUAAAACAACAAAGUUCAUUUCUGUCUUAUUAAUGAGAUUCCAUAGAUAAUCUAUCGUCACCUGGUGGUGUUUGAAAAGGUUCUUUUAAACAUUUUUCACUUAAAAUAAUUGUUCAAACCACAUCAAGAUAAUGGGGAGACCUCUUUAGGUCCACUAGGGGGUGGCCUCACUAUGAUCACUUUUCCUGAAAAUUCAAUUAGUCACCAAAGAUUCGGCAGCAAGUUAGACAUUUGGAAGAAACGCUUGAGUUUUUAAGUCGUUUUUGUCACACAUGCAGGCACAUGCGACCGCUAUUUCACCAGUCUAAGAUGGUCGUCAGAAGGCAUUGUUGGCCACAAAAUGUGUGGCAUGCAGCGUCGGUCCGUAGAAAGCAUAAGCACAGCUCAUCAGACCCAGUGAACGCCUGCUGGACACAUCACUGUGCAUCUUCCGCCGUGAAUAGAGUUUGAUGGGGGUCACGUUUUCAGUAGACAUGAGACUAGGUUGUCUUCUGCUACAAUUAACAGGUGUCCUAGAUGUCCUACGUACCAGGAAAUUGCACAAUGCUGCCUAAUUCGUCUAAAAAGCAUUUUUUUUUUCUCUCUCUGGUCACCCUCACUUGCUGUAUUGAGCGCCUGUCAAUUGAGAUAGCAACAGUGUUGAGUUGUGAUGCCACCACUCAGAUGCUCAUUUUAGCUUUUUCUACCAAAUAAUAUACAUUUGAACUCCGUCGCCAUCUUUAUGCUGGGUGUCCGAAUAAAUUCAGUCCUUGAAAUACUUGCAAAAUAGUUGAGUGCCAUCCUAAGCGUAUUAACGGUGACAGCUUCUGCUGAACAACACGCGGUGUUUUUCACAUUUGUUGAAACUCCUGAUAAAGAUGUGUAAAAGAUAAAUAAAUUAUUAUUGCUGUUGCGUUGAAUACUCUUUGCACAAUCUCUCUAAAACAUCCUGAUUCCUGGGUCCUUUGUUAAGUCAUGGGUCCUUUUGUUAUGCUCUACUCUCUUCAGUUCAUCCCACAAGGUUCCUAUAGGAUUUACGUUUGAGGACACGGACGAUGUUCAAGCUGGGGAUCAUUAUAUGUGCUGAUUUGGCCGUAUGUUAAAAGACAGCCAAUGGCCCAUUUUCAGUUUUCGUGAGUUUUUGCCAUGAAAUUUGAAUUGAACUUCAAAUAUGCCAGAGCAUCACAGAUCCUCUACCACACUUAACAGUGGUUGGGAUGUUCUUUCAAAUAUAUAUAAUUGUCCAGUGGCUAAAAGGUAUCCUCAGCUGUGGUGUGUCAUAUUUAUGCUCCAGGAAAUGGAAAAUCUUUUGACUACUAACUAGAAGUUCCUAGAAAGUCUGAUCAGCCUAAAUAAUUUCAUCAUCAUUGAUUUCUUAACAUAGGACUUUUUUUUUUCUUCCUCCGCUAAAGGAAUAUCCUUGAGAUUUAAAGUUUGCACAUUUACCAAGUCCAAUAUGUAGAGCUAGCACUGUGUUCCUCACAUUAGAUGGACUCUGGGGGUUUAUCUCAUGUUGCUGCUCUGCUUUGUACUCCCUCUUGUUCCGGUGGUGCCUCUGUAUUUUGUUUGCGUCGUGUCACCAUGUCUCACAUGUUCUGUGAUCGUGUUUUACACUUUCAUCUCGUGGCCGUUUCUGCUCCGUGGCCCAGAAUGGAUCAGAGGAGUAACAACGUCGGGUCGACUUCACCCCACUCCCACUCCCUCAACGCACUUAUUGAUCAUUGAUUGAAAGUAUAGAAGUAUCCACUUACAGGGAUUUAUCAGUCGUACAGGAACUUUAAGGUUUACAUGUGGUGGAUGUGUUCAUUGGAUACACUUCACAAUAAAACUUUGUCCUUUUUCUUUGCUGUUACCUUGUAUAUUUUUGGGAGUUUUGCCGGAUGUUUGUCCUGGAUUUACACACAGAUCAUGUGCAAAUGGAUCCAUUUAAACAUUUCAUAUUUAUUUUUCUUAUAAAUGAUAUGUAAUGGCAAACCCAAAUGGAACCUUGAGGUUUAACUAUUUGGGUUGUCUUGAAUUAAACACUGACCAGUUUUGGUUUGUGAAUGCUUGUUUCAUUUGUCCAUUGCUUUGACUCUCAGGUGUUGUUCAUUUCUAAAUAAAUAAAAAUAAAAUGUA